GAGCGCGUUUUAAUUUCGCGACCAGAUGUCUAUGCGCACAUUCGACGCCGGAGGCUGAGACCACGCUGAAGGCUACAGUUUGAACAGUUUGAAGUUUUAAGUAAUAAUACAUACGAUUGCUGACGGUUUACAGUUAGCGCAUUGGUAACGAAAUAUAAUUAACACAUUAUUUCGACAUUUUCAACGGGUAAAAACUUUAAAUAUUAAAUAUUUCACUACAUACUUGAAUAAAUCAACUAAAAACACAAAAAAGUUAAAAACGCGCAGUAGUAGAAAUUUUGUUGAGUAAAGUGCUUAGUAUGUUAUACGUGUGUAGAAAAUGAAAACCGGUUGAGUCUUGGAGUUUAACACAAAGAGACAACAAGAUACUCAUCGUUGUUGGAUGCGGCGAGCCGGAAAUAAGCACAAUAUUGCUUCUUAAAUGGAAAAUAAUCACAUUGUAAAUAUUUGUGUGUGUAUAAUUUACAUGGCGCGCGGCUGAGUGAUUCAGAGUAAUAUAAAAUAUAAAUAAAAACAAUACAAGUGGAAAAUUGCGGUACAAUGGGUGAGAAGUCUGAGACGACGCCAUUUCGAACGGUCACGCCGGGUGGUAAUCAGAAGAGAUCAACAUGGAAACAAGUGAUAUUAGCCCUUGUGGCAUACUCAGCCUCUUUGGCACCGAGCAUGAGUAUUGGUUUCUCUGCUGUGGCCAUUCCUGCACUCAUAUCUGAUGAAGUUGCGCCGUUGACAAUGAGUCAAGCAUCAUGGUUUGCAUCUAUUGCCUCGAUAGCCACACCCCUCGGCUGCCUAAUAUCAGGCCCAACCUCCGACCGCCUCGGGCGAAAAUCCGUCCUCCUAAUGGUAAACCUAAUCACCUUCAUCGGCUGGAUAACAAUCGCCGUGGCAAUGGACUUGAAAGACGCACGCUAUGCCACACUAAUCGUCGGCAGACUUCUCACUGGAUUCAGCACAGGCUUCGCCAGCAUGCCUCCUGUUGUCUACAUGUCAGAAGUAUCCACGCCUCGAUUACGAGGAGUUUUCACCACGGCCAAUGGCGUAUUCUUCGCUAUUGGAAUAUUAACAGUUUAUGUCUUCGGAGCUAUAUUCCCAGCUAGUUGUGGUACUGUCGCCGUGCUAACCGCCAUCUUACCAUGCAUAUCCAUGGUCCUAGUCACAUUCAUCCUCCCCGAAACACCGCAAUGGCUCGUCACCAACAACCGCAUCGAUGAAGCCAGCACGAACAUGCAACGCAUCUACGGAUACACCGAAUACACUCCGGAGAUCUACAACGACAUCCAGGACCUCAUCCAGCGUCGCGAGGCGAACAAAGUCACACUGAAAACAUCCACGGAGAAUUUAUCAAGAAAAAUCCAAAAAUUCUUCGAGCCAUUCAGGCGCCCAACGUGUUACAAACCAUUCUUAAUCGUACAAACCUUCUUUUUCUUUCAACAAUUCACCGGGACAUUCGUAAUAGUCUUCUAUGCGAUUGAUAUAGUCGAAGAGGCAGGUGUACAGAUUAACUCAUACAUCGCCAUUGUUUUAAUAGCAUUCGUGCGGUUCUUAGGCGCUGUUUUAGUCUCGUUUAUAAGUCGAAACUAUGGCCGUCGUCCAAUCUCGUUGAUUUCCGGUGUUGGUAUGACAUUCACAAUGUGUUUACUAGCUGUUUAUUUACACCAACAGUGGCAGGGUGUGUCAUGGCUGCCAUUUGCCUGUCUCAUGGUGUAUUUCUUCACGAGUACGUUGGGUUUCAUAACUAUGCCGUUCGCAUUGGCAGCGGAGUGCUUCCCAGCGGAGAUCAAAGGCACUGUCACUGGUGUCAUCACAUGUUUCGCGUAUUUGUUUAAUUUUAUCGUCGUGAAGAUUUAUCCGUCGUUGAUUGUAGGCAUUGGCGCGUUUGGUACGUUUAUGUUUUAUGGAUUGUUUAGUGCUGCAGGCACGUUGUUCGUUUAUUUCUUACUGCCGGAGACUAAAGGUAAGACUCUCGCGGAGAUUGAAGAGUAUUUCGGGGGGAAGAGUAAAUGUAGUCAAAUACAAAAUGGCGAUGAGAGUGUGCACGAGAAAAUGUUACAGGCUUCGUAGAUUAGCUUUAUAUUAUUGUAACAUUGUGUAUAUUAUAUGUUUUCGAUACAAAAAAUAUCUCUGCGUACCUACCUGUUAUUGUGUCGGCGAGAAUUCGGUGGGGACCAGAAUACGACAAUGCAUCUCGCGGAUUAAUGGAACAGUAUAGGCAACACACUCAUCCCAGCCGGGUGUGCGCCAUGCGCUUUCACGGGUUUCUUUACGAGUGUUUAAAUCUUUAUAACCUAAAAAUUUAACCAAAAAAAAAUUUAAAAAACAUAA